AAGACCCAACAUUGUAGCGUUUUUAACCUCUUUCAUUUUGCCGUUAAUUGUGAAAUUAUUUCAAUAUUUUUAAAUAAUUAAAAUGGAUACAGAAGAAGAAUUUUGUCAAUCAAUGGGCAAGGCAGUAUGGAUUGAUGAUGACCCAACCAGAGUAAAGGCAGCACUUGAUAGGGGUUUUGAUCCUAAUUAUUACGACAACGAUGGAGCUACCACAUUGCAUCGAGUUGCUAAAGCUGGAUGCAUUUCAUAUUGCAGCACUAAAGCAUUAAAAAUUUUUCUUCAACAUGACAUCACACGAAUAGACCUAAAAGAUCAUAUGCAACGAACUCCAUUACAUUAUGCAGCAAGUUGUAAUCAUUUUGAGAAAGCUAAAGAAUGUUGUCAGUUAUUACUACAAGCAGGACUUGAUAUAGAUGCAGAAUCCAAUGAUAUUGAAUACCCUACUGCCCUUUUCCUCUGUGUGAAAAACACAAAUACAAGACUAGCAUCAUAUCUCUUGGAGCAGGGUGCUGACAUUGACCAAACCAACUUUUCUAAUUUUACACUACUCUUACAACUAUUGUCUGAUUUACACAUGAAUUCAGGCGAUGAGUGCAAAGAAAUGCUUGAAAUGUUGCUUUAUUAUAAUAUUGAUGUCAACUAUCCAUUUAAAGGCCAUCCAUUACUCUUGAGUUUAAUGAAAGGAUAUGAUGUUGGUGUGUAUUCACUUAUAAACUAUUGUACAGAGUCUUUUUUCACUGGUGAUGAUGAUGAAGGUAUUAAUAAUAACUGUGCUAUCUGUUGUGUGUUUUGGAAAAUGGAUAUGGACACAACUUUGACAAUCUUAUCAAAAUUAAAAGUGGAUGUUCCUACAAUGCUUGAUAUUCUAAUAGAUUAUUCAACAACACUAUAUCAAGAUCUAGUUUUGUUUCAUUACAUAUAUAAACGAUUACAAAGCGUUCAUAAAAUUGGAUAUGAGAAGUCUGUUGUAAAUUUCUUUACGAAUAACAGUUUGUCAAAAAACGACUUUAUUACAGCAGUUGACAUGCUUUUCAAUGAAGAGUUUGGUGGAUUAUGGUCACCACACAGUAUUUUUGACAGUGUGUCGUGUUUGUUUGAAAUCAACAGAACCAAUCUAGAUCUUCACUUUGAUGAUAUGGCAAAUAUUUUAUGUCACAUGUUCCUAUAUAUAGAGGAGUUUUGUUUGGCCGCCAUUUUGAAAACAUUUUCUCAUGGACAAUUUAGUAAUUAUUUUGAAAUAAUACUGAAACUUGAUCCUUUGGUCUCAAGUACUUGUUGCCAUAAUCUGAUACCAACUGACAAGAAUGCUAUGAGUGAAGAUGAACGCUUAAUUAUGGAGAUUUGUUAUCCUUCUGGUGUAUGGAGGAAACGUGAAUCUACAGUUCAGAGCUUGAAAUAUUAUAGUCGGAAUGCUAUUAGGAAAUGUAUAGGUUACGCUCGGCCAGAAAAUACUUCUCAAUAUAUAUUUUCAUAUUAUAACAAAGUCCAACGUCUUAAAGUACCACAAAUUAUCAAAGAUAUCAUUACGUUAAAGCAUUUAUUGUAAUAUAUAUAGUUUUGUAAAUAAAAUAUUAUUAAUGUUUUCUUACA